CAGGAAAACAUAUACUUGAUCUCUCCCUGCCUUUCUUCCAAUCAAAGCAUUCUCACAUUCUCAGGUCCUGAGCUAAUCAACAAGUUGUUUUACACAAAAUAAUUUUUAUAUAAUUACAUAACUGUCUGCCUAUCAGUUUCACAAGUCUCUGAUUAAAUUUAUUCAUUGCUUGUUUAUUUGUUAAUCUUUAGUCUAAUGCCACCUUUUCAAGGAACCAAAGCGUGUGCUCUCAAGUCUUCAUGGAAUUUCUUCUGAAAUCAUUGCAAACUUCUUAGACGACGAUUGCAGAAAUAUAAAUACUCGUAAAUGAUGCAUGCGUGAGAUGUUAUUUCUCUCUGCAUACUGAGGUUUUUUUUUUUUUUUUGCUUAAUAUGGAUACGGAGCUGGUGAAACAAGGCAAUGAGAAUUCGAGAUCAUCCGUGCCCGAUUCCUCGGUGAUUAUUGAUGUUAAAGCUGAAGCUGGAACAGAGAUUGCUAAUUCAACAACCAGGAAAGACUUGUACAAGAAUGAUGAGUGUCGGAGUUCACAAAGUUUAGAAGGGCGCAGCAGAGAGGAAGGUGAGAAGAUGAGCAGUGGUAGCAGCAAAAGUAGUAGCGGUGAGAGUUCGAAAGGAGAUGAAUUGAAGAUGUGCCGAAUUUGCCAUUUGGCUAAUUGGGAGAACAGUAAUUCAGAAAUAUUGAUACAGCUUGGCUGUGAGUGUAAAAAUGAACUUGGCUCUUCUCAUCUCUCUUGUGCUCAGACUUGGUUUAAACUCAAAGGCAAUAGAUUGUGUGAGAUAUGCGGAAAGAAUGCCCUGAACGUAAGUGGAGUGGAGGAGACAUAUGCAAAUGCUAACAAUGCUAACAAUACAAAUGUAAUAUUAGUGGUGGAGUGGGACGAGAUGGGGAGGUUCAGGAGCACUACAGCCACUGCGACAAGAGGGAGUCCAGUUAUUCAGGACCGGGAGCGUUGUCACCGCCACUGCCGUAACGUUGUGCUCGCCUGUUUGGUUCUUGCCUUUAUAGUGCCUUGGCUCUUUCGCAUCGACUUGUUUGGAUGAUUUACAUUUGUUAUGGCUGCUGCAGAGUUAGUUAUGAGCUUACUCUGUUUCUAUUCUUAUUGUUCAUAUCGAUUUAAUACAACACACUGAAUUGAUUGCAAAUCUCUAUC